AUGGCGCGCGGAUUUCUGAGCCGCUCUUGGCUACUCGCCUACCCAGGAAAACUACAUCUACUCACAGAAAUGGAUCCAGAUCUCACCAUCGUCCUGCUGGGAGACUCGGGAGUGGGUAAAAGUGCUUCAGGAAACAGCAUUUUAGGACGAACAGCGUUUGUGUCAGAGUUGUCCUUUAAUCCGGUAACGGAACAGAUCUGUGAGCAGACAGGAAGGGUGCUUGGGAAAAAGAUCACAGUCAUCGACACUCCGGGAAUAUUAGACUCAGAUGUGGAGAUCAGGACCAAGUGUCAGGACGUCCUGCAGUCAGGCAGACCUCAUCUGUUCCUGGUGGUGCUCAGAGUCAGCCGGUUCACUGAGGAGGAGGAGAGGGCUUUGGAGGCAGCUGUCAGAGUCUUGGGUGAUCAGGGGUUAAAAAACAGUUUCCUGCUCUUCACAGGUGGAGACACUUUAAACACAUCUCUGGAGGAAUAUAUCUUUCAAUUUAAAACAAGUGCACUGAAAGAGUGGGUUCACAGGUUUGGAGAAAGAUUUCAUCUGUUCAACAAUGAAACCGACGACCGGCAACAAGUCAAAGAGCUGCUGCAGAAAUCAGAGGAGCUGAGAGGCUGCAAGGAACUUCCAGGAUUCAACCUGCCAGGAGUCUCCAUCACCCUGCUGGGAAACUCAGGAGUCGGGAAAAGUUCGACAGGAAACAGCAUCUUAGGACGAGAAGCGUUUGAGUCGAAGCCUUCCCUCAAACCGGUGACGACACAGAUCUGCGAGCAGACUGGAAGUCUGCUUUGGAAAGAAAUCUCAGUGAUCGACACUCCGGGAAUAUUAUGUGCUGGUGCUGAAGAGAAGAUUAAGGCCUUCUGUCGGGAUGUCCUGCCGUCCUCCAGACCUAAACUGUUCCUGGUGCUGCUCAGAGUCGGCCGCUUUACUAAAGAUGACCAGAGGGCUGUGGAGGCGGCUAUUAGGGUUGUCGGGGAUCGGCACUUUGAAACCUGUUACCUGCUCUUCACGGGCGGAGAUGCUUUGAAGAACGUCACACUGGAGGAAUUUAUUUAUGAAGAUAGUGAAGGUCCUCUUCCAGACCUGGUCCGGAGGUUUUCAGAGAGGUAUCACGUAUUCAACAACGAAGACGGAGGACAGGAACAAGUCAGAGAUCUGCUGAUGAAGUCAGCUGAUCGUCUCAGGAAGUCUGUCCAGCUGGUGAACCGGAGGAUCGUUCUGAUUGGACCGUCAGGAGCCGGGAAGAGUUCAUCAGGAAACACUAUCCUGGGCUCAGAUCAGUUUACAUCAGACUGUAGCUUUGAGCUGGACAGUGAAGAGACAGUCUGUAAGUCAGCAGCAGUGGAGGGUCACUGGGUCACUGUGGUGGAAAUUCCUGUACUUAAAGUCAGAGAUCCUGACCUGCUGUUUGAAGAGAUCAGGAGGAUGAUGAUAGAAAACGAUUUUGUGGUGAUUGUGGUGAGAAUCGGCAGGAUGUCCAGAGAGGACUCAGUCCUGAUCAGAAUACUGUCAGAAAGAAUUAUCAGCUGGUUUUCAGAUAGUAUGGUUCUGUUCACUCAUGGAGACGAGCUGAGAGGCCGGUCCAUCAAUCAGCUGAUCCAGUCCAGCAGCAUUGUGUCUCGGUUGGUGUCCAGCUGUAGAGGUCGAUACUGUGUGUUCAACAACAUGGAGACAGGAAACAGGCUGCAGAAGAAUGCCCGGGAUCAUUGUUAG